AAUUCCCAAUUUCAGUUGGUGAUUUCAAUUCAAUUCAAGGCAAGAGCAAUCAGCCAUGGCGGACAGAUCGUUAGAGCUCACAAUCAUUUCCGCAAAAGGACUCAAUAAAGUCAAUCUCGUCGGCAAGAUGGAUGUGUAUGCCGUCGUUUACAUCGACGGCGCCGGAAAUCAAGAACAGAAGCAGAAAACCCAUGUCGAUAAGGAUGGAGAUUCAAACCCUACCUGGAAUUCUCCGAUGAAGUUCAAGAUCGAUGAAUCUGCUGCUUUACAGAAUCGUUUAACACUUGUGGUUAAGAUCAAAACGGAAGGGAUGUUCGGCGAUAAGGAUUUGGGAGAAGUUCAUGUUCCGAUCAAGGAGUUAUUGGAAGGCGUGUCGUCCGGAGGUAAGCCGUUGCAGUUUGUUAGUUAUCAGGUGAGGAAGCCGUCUGGUAAGCCAAAAGGGGAACUCAGUUUUUCGUAUAAAUUUGGGGAGAAAGCCGCCGGAUAUGGGAAGGUGGAGGAGCCGAUAACGGCUUAUCCUGCCGGAAAACCUAAUAAGGCGGAGGAGCCGAUUACGGCUUAUCCUGCUGGGAAAGCUGAUAAGAAGGAUGAGCCUGUUACGGCUUACCCAGCCGCUGGAUCUAGUUCAGCCUAUCCACCGCCGUAUGCUGCUCAGGGACCUUACCCGCCGGCGGCCGCUGCUUCCGGACUUUAUCCACCACCCACUUCUGUCGCCGGAUCUUACCCACCUGCCGGAGCUGCUCCCGGAGCUUACCCACCAGCCGGAGGUGGGUAUUAUCCUCCACCAGCCGGGUACCCUCAAGCACAGGCUGGACACCCAUACCAGCAACAACCGGGUUACGGUGGUUACCCUCCACCACCACCAGGGUACGGUGGUUAUCCUCCACCUGGCCCUGGGUAUGGAUACCCGCCGGUUCAACAACCACAGCAGGCUCAAAAGAAAAGCAAAUUCGGUAUGGGAUUGGGAGCCGGGUUGCUGGGAGGAGCACUAGGUGGGCUGUUGAUCGGAGAUAUGGUUUCGGAUGCUGCUGGCGGUGGUUGUGGUGGCGGCUGCGGUGGCGGCUGCGGUGGCUUCUGAAACCUAAUUGGCGUGAAUGUAGGUGCCAUUUUUCAUAAAGAAAACCUAAAAGGUGUGUAAUUGCCUUGUAAUAAUUGUCAUUCCUAUUACCAAAAUAGAUAAAAGAAAUCGUGUAUUUUUCUCAAGAAAACGAUGUAAUUGAUAUGAUUACAUAUAAAUGAAGGUUGUAAAGCAGGACAUAAUAGAAUAGGGAUCGGUUAAUGUGGUUAACAAAAAGCUCGUAAACAUCGUUGCAAAUCGGCCCAUAAAAUACACUGCCACUGCGAGCUGCACCUUUAAGGUGGAUUAGAGACCUUAAAGUUGCGGUUCCAUCUUUUGGAAAAGUCAAAACGCGAGACUAUACCCUUGUCGUAAGUGUUGUGUUUUUAACAUGAUUCAAGAUUACGUUUUCGGCGUAUGUGCUUUAGUCGAAUUCCACC